AUGCCAAAAAUCGAAUAGGAAUUAUCUACGGAGUAAUGGCGAGCUGCAUACAGAGUACAUGUCAUCAUGGACGAAUCUUUGCUCCUUUGGUCCAACUUUUAUUUCGUUAGGUAGGUGGUGUUGGUUGGCGCUUCGAGAAUUCGGUGCCAGGAAACAAUUGUUGUUGGUUUUCAGUUAUGCGCUCAAGUGCGCCACUCUCUGACCGCAUAUUGUGACCGUUUGUUGUGUUACGCGGAAGGAGGGAACGAUACCCCUCAGUUUCUCAUGAGAGUCCUUCAUCGUCCAUGGAAAACUCUCAACAUCCAACAAAUAAAAUAAAAUCAACUCUGCUUCAAGCGACCAAAAUUCUCCAGGAUGUCCUCGAAUUAUCAAACUCUAAAGCCUAGCUUUAAUCCUUCAACAGAGUCCGACUCAUCCCCACAAAUCCAAGAAGUCGUCAAAGCACUCAACCUACUCCCCCACAUUGAGGGAGGUUUCUUUGCAGAAACAGACCGAGCCCCAGAUAUUGUUCCAUCUCCAUUUGGCUCCGACAAAUCCACUACUUCAGACCUUGCACCUCAAAGACCUGGUUUUGAGCCCACUGUACGAAAUUCCUCAACUACCAUUUUCUAUCUGCUUACGCCAAAUGGCCCGCAAGGCGGAUUUCAUCGGAAUAAGGGAAGAACCGUCCAUACUUUACACAGAGGGCGAGGAAGAUAUGUUUUGAUACACGCUGAUGAGGAGGGUUCGGAGAAAAGAAUUGAAACCUUCAUUGUUGGCCAAAAUGUUGCUGCUGGCGAAAAGUUACAAUGGAUUGUAGGUGGAGGGAAAUAUAAGGCAUCCUAUUUGUUGCCAGAUGAGGAGGGUGGAAAGGACAGCCAAGGGCUUUUGAUCAGUGAGACGGUAGUACCUGGUUUUGAGUACUGUGAUCAUGACUUUUUGUCUCCUGAAGGGUUGAAACAGCUUGUGGGCGCCGAGAAAGCGGAGGAAUUGAGUUGGCUACUCAGUCCUUUGGGAAAAGGGGAGUAACGGAUGGUUUCUGUUCUCAUGUAACAUGGAAUAGAUAUGGUCCAUGGGGAAGAGAUUACUCUUGAAUUUGAGUUUAGACUCUGCUGGUAUCAAUCCUGACCCUGUUUCCAUGCCACGAAAGCGUUGAAUAUUUUAUACAAUUUGCGCAACGGAGUAUAAAUGAGUUAGUCGAAUAUUCUUUGAUUAGUCAAUACGUCUAGCUAUUUAUCUAGCACACCCGAGCCUAGUCAUCAACAAUCCAAUGGUCCCUUAGAGUCAUUUGUUUUUCAUCUCUUCUUUU